CCUGUGGGCGCGUGGUGGCGGCGGCGCGCGCGCGACAAAUGGAGUGGGUGCUCGCAGAAGCGCUGCUCUCGCAGAGCCGGGACCCCAGGGUCCUGCUCGGCGCGCUGUGCCGCGGGGAGGCGUCCGCGGAGCGCGUGGAGACGCUGCGCUUUCUUCUGCAGCGACUAGAGGAUGAGGCAGCGCGCGGCGGGGACGCGGGCGCGCUCCCGGAGGCGGCGCGCGAGGUCGCCGCCGGGUACCUGGUGCCGCUGUUGCGGGGCCUGCGCGGGCGCCCCGCGGGCGGCUCCGAACCUGGCCCGCCGGGCCGCCAGCGCCGGCGCGUGCUGAGGGCGGCGGGCGCGGCCCUGCGCUCGUGCGCCCGCCUGGCCGGGGGCCCUCAGCUGGCUGCCGCGCUGGCGGAGGAGGCGCUGCGCGACCUGCUCGCCGUGUGGCCGGCGUCCGGCCUCGAGGGGGCCGUGGAGGUGCUGGCGGCCGUCGGGCCCUGCCUGCGGCCGUGUGAGGACGGGCCGCUGCUGCAGCGGGUAGCGGAGGCCGCCCUGGCCGUGGCGCUGGGUGGGCACGGGGACGGGGACGAGGCCGGGCCCGCCGAGGACGCGGCGGCGCUGGUGGCCGGGCGGCUGCUGCCGGCGCUGGGUCAGUGCGGCGGGGCGGCGCUGAGGGCCGUGUGGGGCGGGCUGGUGGCGCCCGGGAUGCCCUCGGGGCCGGGUCGCGUCGGGCCGAAGCUGCUGGUGCUGAGCGCCCUGGCCGAGAAGCUGCUGCCCGAGCCCGGUGCGGACGGCGGCCCGGGCGCGCGCGAGGCGGGCCCGGACGCGCGGCGCUGCGGGCGCUUCUGGAGGACGGUGCAGGCGGGGCUGGGCCGCGCCGAGGAUGCUCUGACGCGCAAGCGGGCGCGCUACCUGCUGCAGCGGGCGGUGGAGGUGUCGGCGGAGCUGGGGGCCGACUGCGCCUGCGCCUGCGCCCCCCAGGAAGGAAACGGCCCAAGUCUGUUUUGGUGGUCCGACAAGAAAAAAGAUGAGCUUCUAAAGUUUUGGGAAAACUAUAUUUUAAUUAUGGAAACUCUAGAAGGAAAUCAGAUACAUGUUAUAAAGCCGGUUUUACCAAAGCUGAACAGUCUGUUUGAAUGUGCAGUGUCAGAGGGAAACGGAUGUUGGCUCUUUCACCCAUCUUGGCAUAUGUGUAUUUAUAAAAGAAUGUUUGAAAGUGAAAAUAAAAUCCUGACUAAAGAAGGUGUUAUCCAUUUUUUGGAGCUGUAUGAAACAAAGGUUCUUCCAUUUUCACCAGAACUUUCUGAGUUUAUUAUUGGACCGUUAAUGGAUGCCCUUUCAGAGAGCUCUCUCUAUAGCAGGUCCCCAGGCCAGCUGAUAGGAAGUGGUUCUCCAUUGGGAUUGAAAUUACAGAAGUUUUUAGUCACGUUUAUUUCCCUUCUUCCAGAAGAAAUAAAGAGUAGUUUCCUAUUGAGGUUUAUUCAGAAGAUGACAAGUAGACAUUGGUGUGCCAUCCCCAUUUUGUUUCUGUCUAAGGCUUUGGCAAGUGUGCCAAGAUGUAAAGCCCUGGGAAUCGAAGGGCUUCUUGCUCUCAGGGAUGUCCUUCAGUGUACUAUGAUCACGCACCAGAUUCUGUUGAGAGGGGCGGCUCAGUGCUACCUUCUUCAGACAGCAAUGAAUUUGGUAGAUGUGGAGAAAGUGUCACUUUCUGACAUCUCAACUUUUCUCAUGUCUCUGAGACAAGAGGAGUCCUUGGGACGAGGAACUUCAUUGUGGACAGAGCUCUGUGAUUGGUUGCGUGUUAAUGAAGGCUGUUUUAGGCGACUCUCAACUUGUAGCUCCACUGGACUCAGUGAAACAGCCUCUUUAAAUGCUUACGUCAGGAACCUCGUUCAAGAGUAUGUUAAGUCGCCUGCUUGGGAAACAGGGGAAAACUGCUUUAUGCCUGAUUGGUUUGAGGCCAGGCUUGUUGCUAUGAUGGUCUUGCUGGCUGUAGAUGUGGAAGGAAUGAAGAUUCAAUAUAGUGAAAAGCGGAGAACACAGAAUGUAUUAAGGAUAUUCUUAGAUCCUCUUCUGGAUGCCCUUAUGAAGUUUGGUACAAAUGCCUACAUGCCCUUGCUGAAAACUGACAGAUGCCUCCAGUUGCUGUUGAAGUUAUUGCACACUUGCUUGUUGAAAGGUUCCAGUACCCAAGAUGAUGAGGUAUGUACUCUUCUUCAGAACUUUGUCAUGUCGACCACAGAGAGCAUAUCUGAAUUUAUUCUCAGAAGACUAACUAUGAAUGAACUAAGCAGUGUUUCAGAUCUGGAUCGUUGCCAUUUAUACCUGAUGGUGUUAACUGAGCUUAUAAAUCUGCAUGUGAAGGUGGGAUGGAAAAGAGGUAACCCCAUUUGGAGAGUUAUUUCUCCUCUGAAAAAUGCUUCCAUUCGGCAUCUUCAAGAGAUGGACAGUGGACAGGAGCCAACACUUGGUAGACAAGUUCAGAGAGUCGUUAGUAUGGCUGCUUUGGCCAUGGUGUGUGAGGCCAUUGACCAGAAGCCGGAACUACAGCUGGACUCGCUGGAUGCUGGACCCACGGAGAGGUUCCUUUCCUCUCUUCAGCCCAAUCAGACACUACAGAAGCCCCACACAGAGGAGCCAAGCAGUUUUUUUGAAGAAUCAUCAUCUUCCCAAGGAUGGGGGAAAAUAGUUGCACAAUAUAUUCAUGAUCAGUGGGUCUGCCUCUCUUUCCUGUUGAAAAAGUAUCACAGCCUGAUACCACCCUCAGAGGGUGAAGUUCUGGAACCCGUUCUUCCUGCUGUUCAAAUGCCAAUAAGGACUUUGCAGUCUGCACUAGAAGCCCUCACAGUUCUUCCUUCUGACCAGGUCUUACCUGUGUUCCAGUGCAUGAAAAUUUUGGUUCCCAAGCUUCUGACCUCUUCUGAAUCACUCUGCAUAGAGUCUUUUGACAUGGCUUGGAAAAUUAUAUCUUCUUUAAGCAACACUCAGUUGAUAUUCUGGUCUAAUUUGAAAGCUUUUGUUCAGUUUGUUUUUGAUACCAAAGUUCUUACCAUUGCCGCAAAAAUAAAGGGCCAAGCAUAUUUCAAAAUAAAAGAGAUUAUGUACAAGAUAAUUGAAAUGUCUGCUUUAAAAACUGGAGUCUUCAAUACGCUGAUAAGUUAUUGCUGCCAAUCUUGGAUAGUUUCUCCUUCAAAUGUGUCCCAAGAAUCUUUAUCAAGUGCUAAAAAUUAUAGCGAGCUUGUCCUUGAGGCUUGCAUAUUUGGAACUGUAUUUAGGCGUGAUCAAAGACUUAUUCAGGAUGUGCAGACCUUCGUAGAAAAUCUUGGACGUGACUGUGCAGCAAAUGUUGUUAUUGAAAAUACUAAAAGAGAGGACCAUUAUGUGAGAAUUUGUGCUGUCAAAUUCCUGUGUUUAUUAGAUGGCUCAAAUAUGUCUCAUAAGUUGUUUAUGGAAGAUCUUGCAAUCAAGUUAUUAGAUAAAGAUGAAGUGGUGUCCAAGUCCAGAACUCGAUAUUAUGUGAAUUCUCAACAACACAGAGUGAAAAACCGAAUAUGGCAGACUCUGCUUGUACUUUUCCCCAGAUUUGAUCAGAAUUUCUUGAAUAGAAUUAUUGACAAGAUUUUCCAGGCUGGUUUCAUCAAUAAUCAAGCGUCCAUAAAAUAUUUUAUAGAAUGGAUUAUUAUAUUGAUUCUUCAUAAAUUCCCUCAGUUUCUUCCGAAGUUCUGGGAUUGUUUUUCUUAUGGUGAAGAAAACCUUAAAACUAGCAUUUGUACAUUUUUAUCAGUUUUGUCUCAUUUGGACAUUAUUACUCAAAAUAUUCCAGAAAAGAAACUAAUUCUGAAGCAAGCCCUUAUUAUCGUACUGCAGUGGUGUUUCAAUCACAAUUUUAGUAUUCGACUGUAUGCAUUAGUUGCUCUUAAGAAAAUCUGGAACAUGUGUAAAACGAUGCAUGUUGAAGAAUUUGAUGCUCUCACUUCUGUUAUUGAAUCCAGUCUGAAUCAAGUGGAAAACAUGCACGGCGCAGGGAAUGCCAAGAAGAAUUGGCAACGCAUCCAAGAGCAUUUCUUUUUUGCAACAUUUCACCCUCUUAAGGAUUAUUGUCUGGAGACCAUAUUUUACAUCCUUCCACGCCUUUCAGGCCUUGUUGAAGAUGAGUGGAUUGCCAUUGGUAAAUUUACCAGCUUCACUGACAUUCCUUUAGAUGCAGGAUUUCAGUGGUACCUUUCUUCCACUCAACUUUGUGACCUAGAACCAGGGGACUGGGCUCAGCAGGACAGAGGUUUUAAUUCAGGUGAGGCAGACGACCAGUCUGAGUGGACUGAUGUUCAGAAGAAGAUCAUCCCAUGGAAAAACAAUGUUCCAGAUUUGGACCUGGAGCUCGCAUUUCAGGAUCGUGCUGCCAAACUUGGAAAGUCAAUUAGUAGACUGAUUGUAGUGGCCUCACUCAUUGAUAAACCAACCAACUUAGGAGGACUGUGCCGGACCUGUGAGGUAUUUGGGGCCUUGGUGCUCGUUGUUGGCAGUCUUCACUGUGUCAAAGACAAACAGUUUCAGCACCUCAGUGUUUCCGCAGAACAAUGGCUUCCUUUGGUGGAGGUAAAACCACCUCAGUUAAUCGAUUAUCUGCAACAGAAAAAAGCAGAAGGUUAUACCAUCAUUGGUGUGGAACAAACUGCCAAAAGUUUAGACCUAACCCAGUACUGCUUUCCUGAGAAAUCUCUCCUCCUGUUGGGAAAUGAACGUGAAGGAAUUCCAGCAAAUCUGAUCCAGCAAUUGGAUGUUUGUGUGGAAAUUCCUCAGCAGGGUAUCAUCCGCUCACUUAACGUCCAUGUGAGUGGAGCCCUGCUGAUUUGGGAAUAUACCAGACAGCAGCUGCUUAAGCAUGGGGACACCGAGUCAUGACGUUUGUGCCUUAUCUGAGAUGAGUUGUCGGUGCUAUGGAAACAUUUUUAAAAACUAUUUGGACUAAUAGAUUCUGAAAUUUACUGGGGUAAUUUGUAUUUCUUUUUCUUGCAAUUAAUGCCAAAACUACUUCACGUGCCUUAAGUAUUUUACUAUAUGUUGUUCCCUUUAAUAAAUUUUUUAGCUAAA